UUCUCCCAGGUGCUAUUGGGUCUCUGGGAUGUGAACAAAGAAAACCAUAACACAGAAGUGAAUCCUGGGAAGUUCUACAGCAUCUUCAAAGACGCCGUGCCUUACUUUAGCGGAUACAGGUAGGUGUGUGCAGGGCCGGCCCUGGGCAUAAAUGAUUCAGUCUGGUCACAACUUACUGUUGAGCAUUAGAAUAGUAGAAUAUACAAGGUGACAUUUCUAAAUGUGGUUGUGCAUCAGCAGCUUUCCUCUUAUAUCAGUCACUGACAGUCACUCAAUUAGCCCAUAUCAGCUAAAAUUUUAUAGAUUGGUAAAUUACUCUAGCCAGCUAUCUACACUUGUAGUAAUCAUGGCCGAAUUUCUGACUGUGCAUGAAGGGCACGUGCCCAGGGGGCCUGACCUUCAAGGGGCCUGACCUCUGACCUUCAGGGGGCCUGACCUUCAGGGGGCCUGACCUUCAGGGGGCCUGACCUUCAGGGGGCCUGACCGUCAGGGGGCCUGACCUUCAGGGGGCCUGACCUUCAGGGGGCCUGACCGUCAGGGGGCCCCCAUUGAUUUUGUUGGUCACUCUCACUCAGACAUCAUAUUGACAUGGCUUAAGUCAUGGAAACAUUUGUAGAAUUAAAAACCAAUUCUCCACACCAUGGCAAAAUAUGUAAAACUGUAGGACAUUAUCUCAAAAACCAAAAUCUCUUUUAAGACCAAAUCUCGUCUAGGGCCCCCAAAAGAAUAGGGCCGGCCGUGUGUGUGCAUGUGCGAAAGUAUUGUAAGCAGUGAAAACAUCUAUACUUCCUUCCAGUCAACAGGAUGCUCAAGAGUUUCUGAGGUUCUUAUUGGACAGGCUUCACUGUGAGGUCAACCGCCGGCCGUACAUCCGGCCCACCAGCCUGGAGCCUGAACCCAAAUUCACCAAAGUCAGGUACGGAGACAUGUCAAGGGUCAAAAUGCACCAAAGACCACAUAAUGACCUAUUGAGGCCAGAUUCAACCUCUAGUCCUACAUGUAAAAUUUCCAACCCUCUUUCUAACUCUCUCUUUUUCUGUCUCCCUCCAUUUUUCUUUCCCUACCUCUCUCUCUCAGGAUUGACGAGCAGGCGUCUGCAAUGUGGAAGAGACACCUGGAGAGGGACAACAGUAAGAUCGUAGGUGAGCGUGAAGACAUUUGGUGUUGGGACACAGUAAGUAUUUAGCGAAGAUUUGGUUUGGGGCUAUAACAGUAUGGUCACUAUUCCGGGAGAGAGGGAGAAGAGAGAGAGAGAGAGAGAGAGAGCGAGAGAGGAGAGAGAGAGAGAGAGAGAGAGAGAGAGCAGAGAAGGAGAGAGAGAGAGGAGAGAGAGAGAGAGAGGAGAGAGAGAGAGAGAGAGAAGAGAGAGAGAGGAGAGAGAGAGAGAGAGAGAGAGAGAGAGAGAGAGUAGAGAGAAGAGAGAGAGAGAGAGAGAGAGAGAGACGAGAGAGAGGAGAGAGAGUAGCGAGAUAGGAGAUAGCUCUCUCUUUGGUCUCUCUGAUUCUCCCUCUCUCUAUCUCUCUCUCUCUCUCUAUCUCUCUUCUCUCUCUUGUUGUCUCUCUCUAUCUCUCUCUCUCUCUCUCUCUCGCUCUACUCAGAUCUGUUCACAGGUCAGCUGCGUAGUUCUCUCCACUGCUCUGUGUGUUCUCACUACUCCACCUGCUUCGACGUCUUCUGUGACCUGUCUCUGCCCAUCCCUAAGAGGAGUGCAGCAGGGGGCGGGUCUCUGAGGGAGUGUCUGGAUCUGUUCACACAGGAAGAGAAGCUGGAUGAAGAUAACGCACCCGUAAGACAACACUAUACCGUUCAGUGUUUUCCAUAAGUACUAAACAGCCGCUAACCGCCACCUCCUUUUUCCACUUCAUCAACUAGGCUUCUUUUCAUUUAAAAGUUCAAAUUCGCUAGUCAGAACGUUAUGCAUCUUCUAGCGAUCUAUUGAUAGGACAGGUGCCUGUCAGUCACAAAGCCAGCGAUGACAGGGGAAACUGCUGGUUUGUCAGUCUGCUGUCUGUCCCGCCUCUCGGUACCUGUGUUAUUUUUGUGCGCUGUGGUUGGCUCCACUCAAAUGUAUUUGCAUGGAGGAGGGAGAGAAUGAUGCUUCUUCAUCGUCUCCUGUGAGUGAAUUUCCAUGUCCAUGUAAUGUAACGUAGCGUACUGUAAUGUAACGUAACGUAACGUAAUGUAACGUACUGUAAGUGGUAACGAUAAGUUGAAAUCCACUUCAUUCUUGUUUUGUGGCACAUUCAUUUAUUUUCUUUCGUGUUUUUAUAGGCCUUUAGUCAACCACGGAUUUGGCUAUUUACUGUUCUUGACGACCGAACAGCUUGUCUUUUAUUAAAAAGCUGUGGAACUGACUGAAUGAAGUAAAUCUCCUAAAUUCCUUUACUAUUCAUAAACCAACACAGUUAUAUGGCCGCGGUAUCUCAUCGGGACAGUAAACCAAAUAUCUUGUUUGUAUUUUCCUAGUAUUCGAAGGCCAUGUCGAGACUUGCCAGCGACCGCUAAAGUGACUUGUCAGUGUAGCCUAGUGAUGGCUUGGGUUGUUUGGGAACAAAGCAAUAGGGUUUAGCUGUUGACGUCAUCUCUCAGACCAAUCAUCUCUCAGGUUCUCUAUGCUGCCACCUGCUGAUAGGUCAUCUCUCAGACCAAUCAUCUCUCAGUGCAUCUCAGGAAAAGUGGGGGUGUCGAAAGGAGUGGACUUUUGGAAAGGAACCUUAUAAGGAGAAGUGGGCGUUUCGAAAGGAACCAUAUAAGGAGAGGUGGGCGUUUCGAAAGAACCAUAUUAGGAGAAGUGGGGAUUUCAAAAGGAGUCAACGCUAGAAGCGAUGGAAUUCCAUUACUACUAGAACCGCCAUGACUAUUUCAACUAUUUCAAUAAUAAAUAAUACAUUCUAAAAUGUAUGGAUUUUAUAUAAGUUAAGGUAGCUAAUGUUAGCUAGCAUUUACUAAAAAUGUAAUGUUACGUACAUGGCUACCGGUAGGGAAUGUUACAGACAUGGAUACCGGUAGGGAACGUUACAGACAUGGCUACCGGUAGGGAACGUUACAGACAUGGAUACCGGUAGGGAACGUUACAGACAUGGAUACCGAUAGGGAACGUUACAGACAUGGAUACCGGUAGGGAACGUUACAGACAUGGAUACCGGUAGGGAACGUUACAGACAUGGCUACCGGUAGGGAACGUUACAGUCAUGGAUACCGGUUAGGGAACGUUUACAGACAUGGGAUACCGGUAGGGAACGUUACAGACAUGGAUACCGGUAGGGAACGUUACAGACAUGGCUACCGGUAGGGAACGUUACAGACAUGGAUACCGGUAGGGAACGUUACAGACAUGGCUACCGGUAGGGAACGUUACAGACAUGGAUACCGGUAGGGAACGUUACAGACAUGGAUACCGGUAGGGAACGUUACAGACAUGGAUACCGGUAGGGAACGUUACAGACAUGGAUACUGAUAGGGAACGUUACAGUCAUGGUUACUGGUAGGGAACGUUACAGACAUGGCUACCGGUAGGGAACGUUACAUUCAUGGCUACCGGUAGGGAACGUUACAUUCAUGGCUACCGAUAGGGAACGUUACAGACAUGGCUACCGGUAGGGAACGUUACAGACAUGGCUACCGGUAGGGAACGUUACAGACAUGGAUACCGGUAGGGAACGUUACGUACAUGGAUACCGGUAGGGAAUGUUACAGACAUGGCAUCUCUGCAGACCAUGACUAACAUCCAAUAACCUAAACGACGUCUUGAGUGGCACCUUUCGAAACACCCACUUCUCCUUAUAAGGUUCCUUUCUAAACGUCCACUCCUUUUGACUCCCCCACUUUUCCUGAGAGAUGCACUGAGAGAUGACCUAUCAGCAGCAUUGAGACCCUGAGAGAUGAUUGGUCUGAGAGAUGACCUAUCAGCAGCAUUGAGACCCUGAGAGAUGAUUGGUCUGAGAGAUGACCUAUCAGCAGCAUUGAGACCCUGAGGGGUGACUGCUCUGAGAGAUGACAUCCAGCUGGACCCCUCUCGAACAAAGGCUCUUUUUGAACUGAUAUUUUAGGUAAACGGAACCGAAUCACAUCGGUGAGAGAGCCGUUCAAUUGGCUCCCUAAUUUGCAUACUGGUAGGCUAUGACUUUUUGACAGAUAAAUUAUGAAAACAUUUGAAGAUGUUGAAUCGUCACUGCAGGAACAAUAGGUAUUGGAGAGAAAGCAUCAUUCUGGUCCAAAAUAUGAUAAAAGAAAACAGAUUCAAGGUUAUAAAUGCUAAUGUCAUGAUACUUCUACGGUAGUAUUAAAGAUAUUGAUAUAGGCCUACUGAUUUGAUUAAAGGGUCCACCAUGGAGUAGUCAACUGCUGCUUCCUGUGUAACAGAGGCCAUAUCAUACCUGUACAUCUAUUCCUGGGCGUCUGACUUUGUAUAAAAGGGGGUGCACAAAAUUGUUGCAUUUUUUAAACCAUUUUCCUGCAAUUCUAUAUUGUCCAUGUAAAUAUCACAGAACACAACCUCCUUUCUUUAGUUUUCACCACAAUAAGCUAAAUUUAAAGAGUAGACUAGAUUUUGUUUUUGCCACAGAUUAAAUUGAAAGGGCAGACUAGACUAGCUUUUCUGACUAAAUUACUAAUCUACUGCCUUCCCUCAAUGUCACACCCACAGUGAUUGAUUGACAGGUCUGCAACCCUACCAACUCUGUGACUCACAAACAUCCUGCCCCCUCUCCUGACAAUCCCACCCACAGUGAUUGAUUGACAGGUCUGCAACCCUCCCAACUCUGUGACUCCCAAACAUCCUGCCCCCCCUCUCCUGAUCCUUUGACAGGCCUAACUGUUAAAGGGAUAGUUCAUCCAAAUUACAAAAUGAAACAUUGGUUUCCUUACCCUGAGUGGCCACAGCAGCAGAGCCAAUAUAAUAAUAAUAAUAAUAAUAAUAAUAAUAAUAAUAUGCCAUUUAGCAGACGCUUUUAUCCAAAGCGACUUACAGUCAUGCGUGCAUACAUUUUUGUGUAUGGGUGGUCCCGGGGAUUGAACCCACUACCUUGGCGUUACAAGCGCCGUGCUCUACCAGCUGAGCUACAGAGGACCACAUAUAUAUAAUAUAAUACAUGAUUUGACAAACAAACAUUGUGGCAAUUCAUAUCUUGCAGUAAAACUGUUAAUGACUUGAAUCUCAAGAGAAGACAGGUUUAAUGUUAAAAAAAGGUUUUCUUACAUUGAUAACAGACUUGAUCAUACAGUCCUAGACGAUAUCCAAAACAACCAACAACUUCAGACAUUUUCAGUCAUUUUAAUUGCAAAGUCAUGUCUUUCUACUGAAUACGUCAACUUAUUUGACCAAUCUGGGAGUUAAAGUCGUUAAAGUAUUCAAUAUUUUCGCUGUGUAUUUCAGAUGGAAUCAAGGCAUUAGGAUGUACCAGAGGGCACCAAACUCGAGCUGCUUCUGCAACAAAACAAAAAAAUCCCAGAGGGCAUGCACACCCGGACCACCCCUGGCUGGCUACAUUUUCUAUUUGGCUCCUUACGGAAAACACUGUUCAAACCUUGAAAGUUCAUUUCAAAUAAUCUUUAUGCCUGUUAGAGCCAUGCCAGGCUUAAUAAACCAAUAGAAAGGUCCCAAAACGUCAAACCCCACCCAUUGGGUUAGGGCCCAUUGGCACUCCAGGCAGACUCAAACGCUGAAAAAUAUUAGAAAUUAUUUCACAAGUAUUUGAACCCGAGGUCUGAUCCUUUUUCUCUGAGAGUAAAACCACUGAGAAAGUGAAGACUGUAUGCAUGGAUGGAGAUUGAAACACAAAAAGCCUGUGACAUUUUCUCUUCCAUUCAGUGUGUAUUUAAAACGUGUGUUCCAGAUGUGUGAGCGGUGCAACAGACGGACAGAGAGCACCAAGAGACUGACCAUCCAGAGAUUCCCACAGGUCAUCGUCAUGCGUAUCCUUAGUAACACUAACUUAUCUACCUGACCUGCAGUUAUGGUGAUGGUGAUGUGAAAGACCUUAACAACAGUGUAUUAGAUCUGAAUCGGUUUGCCAUGUCGCGGUACAUGGUGUGUAAGAGUACAGUGUGUGUUUCCUUCCCUCUGACCAACCUGGAUAUGGGGCCCUACGGACCGGUCGGCUGUGGUAAUAUAUAUAUAUCUCUCUCUCUCUCUCUCUCUGUCUCUCUCUCUCUCUCUCUCUCUCUCUCCUCUCUGUCUGUCUGUCUGUCUGUCUGUCUGUCUGUCUGUCUGUCUGUCUGUCUCUCUGUCUCUCUCUCUCUCUCUCUCUCUCUCUCUCUCUCUCUCUCUCUCUCUCUCUCUCUCUCACAAAACAUUAGGAACACCUUCCUAAUAUUCUGUUGCACACCUUUUGCCCUCAGAAAAAGCAUCAAUUCGUCGGGCCAUGGACUCUACAAGGUGUCGAAAGCGUUCCACAGGGAUGCUGGCCCAUGUUGACUCCAAUGCUUCACACAGUUGUACAAAGUUGGCUAGAUGUCCUUUGGGUGACGGACCCUUCUUGAUACACACGGGGAACUGAGCGUGAAAAACCCAGCAGCGUUGCAGUUCUUGACACACACAAACCGAUGCGCCUGGCACCUACUACCAUACCCCGUUCAAAGGCACUUAAAUAUUUUGUCUUGCUCAUUCACCCUCUGAAUGGCACACAUACACAAUCCAUGUCUCAAUUGUCUCAAGGCUUAAAAAUCCUUCUUUAACCUGUCUCCUCCCCUUCAUCUACACUGAUUGAAGUGGUUUUAACAAGUGACAUCAAUAUUCACCUGGUCACUGUCAUGGAAAGAACACACUCGGUCCAUCUUUCCCUUUACACUGCAUCUCCAUCUUUCCCUUUACACUGCAUCUCCAUCUUUCCCUUUACACUGCAUCUCCAUCUUUCCCUUUACACUGCAUCUCCAUCUUUCCCUUUACACUGCAUCUCCAUCUUUCCCUUUACACUGCAUCUCCAUCUUUCCCUUUACACUGCAUCUCCAUCUUUCCCUUUACACUGCAUCUCCAUCUUUCCCUUUACACUCCAUCUUUCCCUUUACACUGCAUCUCCAUCUUUCCCUUUACACUGCAUCUCCAUCUUUCCCUUUACACUGCAUCUCCAUCUUUCCCUUUACACUGCAUCUCCAUCUUUCCCUUUACACUGCAUCUCCAUCUUUCCCUUUACACUGCAUCUCCAUCUUUCCCUUUACACUGCAUAUUUCCCUUUACACUCCAUCUUUCCCUUUACACUGCAUCUCCAUCUUUCCCUUUACACUGCAUAUUUCCCUUUACACUCCAUCUUUCCCUUUACACUGCAUCUCCAUCUUUCCCUUUACACUGCAUCUCCAUCUUUCCAUUUACAUUUUAGUCAUUUAGCAGACGCUCUUAUCCAGAGCGACUUACAGUUUUAGUGAGUGCAUACAUUUUUCAUACUGGCCCAAAACCCUGGCAUUACAAGCGCCAUGCUCUACCAACUGAGCCACAGGAGGCCCUUUACACAGCAUCUUUCCCUUUACACUCCAUCUUUCCCUUUACACAGCAUCUUUCCCUUUACACUGCAUCUUUCCCUUUACACUGCAUCUCCAUCUUUCUAUCACGCCUCCUCCCCUUCUCUCUCUCUCCAUCUUUAUAUUACCCAUAACCUCUGUCUUUCUCCCUUUUCUUAGAUCACUAGCAUUCUCUCCUUAGCCUUCUCCUUGUAUUUGUGUGCAUUCAUGUAUCCAUAAGCAAGACUCCCCUCCCAUCUUUCCGUCCCUGACUCCAGGUCCGGUGCUGUAUGACCUGUAUGCAGUGUGUAACCACAGUGGGACAGUCAACAUGGGCCACUACACAGCCUGUUGCCUGGAGAAUGACGGAUUGGGAUGGUGUUGCUACAACGACUCCUGGUCAGUGACACACAGACGCACACACACACCCAUUUAUACACACACACACACACACACACAUUCAUACACACACACACCCAUUUAUACACACCCAUUUAUACACACCCAUUUAUACACACCCAUUUAUACUCGCACACGCCCAUUUAUACACACACACCCAUUUAUACACAUUGUAGCAAAUGGCUUAGAAUGCAUACCCAAUACAUUGCUGGUUUCUUGCUGGUUAAUGGGCGGCAGGUAGCCUAGUGGGUAAGAGCGUUGUGCCAGUAACCGAAAGGUCGCUGGUUCUAAUCCCAGAGCCGACUAGGUGAAAAAUCUGUUGAUGUGCCCUUGAGCAAGGCACUUAACCCUAAUUGCUCCUGUAAGUCGCUCUGGAUAAGAGCGUCUGCUAAAUGACCAAUUAUUAUUAAUUAUUAUUGUUAAUCUCUCUCUCUCUCGUUCGUUCAUCCAGUGUGACUCCUAUAUCAGAGAACCAACUGCAGUCUGCUCAGGCCUACGUCCUCUUCUACCGACGCAGGAAGUGAACCCCCCCGGACAGCCAAUCGCUACAGCUGUAACUGCAAAAACAAGAGCCUUCAGCAGCCAAUCAGGAAAAACUGUUACUACAAGAAGAGCUUUCAGCAGCCAGUCACUACAGCUGUUACUACAAAUGGAAUAUUACAAACAGCUGUGAUGUAGCGGUAUUGUAACCAAGCAACCAGCAUCUCAACCAACUGGUGUUAGACUACUUGAGGUAUGAGUCUGGGACUGAGAGAGGAGGGAGGGAUUGAAAGACAGAAGGAUAGAAUAGAGGGCAAUGGAAUGGGUGAGAGCAGGGAGGGGAUGACCAGUGUGGGAGUGCUGCUAGCUAGCUCAGCCAGGAACACGUGUGUAGACUUCAGUUCAGACAGACAGAGAUGCUGUUAUCACUGGACACACACAACCACGACGAAAACA